AGUAGGAAUCUGUCAUUUCAAACUUACAUCUUCCACUGAAAGUGAUCUCACUGACUCACUCUUACUCACUCCAACACUUACACUACUUUCUUGUGUUGUGCAACACACUUCCUCCUCAGCCCAGUCACCUCACUCCAAAGUUAAUAUUUAAUUCAGUUUCUGCGUGAUAUAUAUAUUUAUACUGCAACUGUCUCUCCUGUUCUCUCUUCAAACAGUGUGGUAGCGUCCCCAAUUAUCUCGUAAAACCUUCUCCCCCACGCUCCAAUUAGAUUUUCUGUCUAAUAUAUAUAUCUCUCUUCUCUCUGUACCUGAGCUAUCCUCUGGAUAUCUGUACCUGCCAUGGUGGUGUGUCUGAGUGGGCUAUGGAGGUAUCGGAAUUACCUGAUCAUAUUCCUCGCCCCUCUGUUGAUUCUACCUCUACCCCUAAUAGUUGGGGGACCGGAGGCUAGUUGUGGCUAUGUGAUCAUCCUGAUGGCACUGUACUGGUGCACAGAGUGUAUGCCCCUGGCUGUGACCGGUCUGCUGCCUGUCUUCCUUUUCCCUAUGAUGGGCAUCAUGGAGUCAAGCGAGGUGUGUACCCAGUACAUGAAGGACUCUAACAUGCUGUUCGUCGGAGGGAUGUCGAUGGCUAUAGCUGUGGAACACUGGAACCUUCACAAACGCAUCGCCCUCAGAGUACUGCUCAUAGUAGGGGUGAGGCCUGCCCUUCUGAUGCUGGGCUUCAUGGGCACUGCAGCCUUUCUGUCCAUGUGGAUCAGUAACACAGCCUCCACUGCCAUGAUGCUGCCCAUCGCUAACGCUGUUCUGAAGCAGCUGUGUGACACCGAGGCCCAGGCAGAGGAGAGGGAGAUGGACCUGAUGGCGAUCAGGGGGUCCGGGCGCAGGACUGGGGUACCUAAGGGCCAGGACAACCAGACCUUUGAUAUGGGUGAAAAGGAGAACAGUAUUACCAUAGAUGAUGGAGGUGCUACUAUAUGUACAAAGGAUGUCAAGCCCAGGGAGAAUGGGGUCCAGUUAGAACCCGAGCCAGAGGUGGAGGAGAGCCCGGCGGCAAGGGAGAGGAGGCUGAAGAGGGAGGCUAAGUACCUGAACCUGGAUAAAGGCAUGAGUCUCAGUGUGUGUUACGCUGCCAGCAUCGGAGGAACAGCCACCCUCACCGGCAAUGCCCCGAACCUUAUCCUCAAGGGACAGGUCGACGAACUGUUCCCAGGAAAUGGAGACAUCAUCAACUUUUCCAGCUGGUUUGGUUUCUCCUUCCCCAACAUGGUUCUGAUGCUGAUCAUCUCCUGGCUGUGGCUGCAGUUUAUGUACCUGGGCUUCAACAUGAAGAAGUCGUUUGGCUGUGGGACGAAUAAGGAUGGUGACAAGGAGGCAUACGGGGUGAUGAAGAAUGAGUAUAAGAAGCUGGGCAGUGUGUGCUUCGCUGAGGGCUGUAUCCUGGUGCUGUUUGUCCUGCUGAUCCUGCUCUGGUUCACCAGAGAACCAGGUUUCAUGCCCGGCUGGGCCACUGUGCUCUUCAACAAGGACAAACCGUACGUCACUGAUGGCACAGUGGCCAUCCUGAUGUCAACACUGUUCUUUGUGAUCCCAUCCCAACUACACAGAUGUGUCGGGUACUCUGCGGAUGGAAAGCCCCUGAAGGCCCCUCCCACCCUGCUGAACUGGGACGUGGUCCAAGAGAAGAUGCCCUGGAACCUCCUCCUGCUAGUGGGAGGAGGCUUUGCUCUGGCCCGUGGCAGUGAGACGUCUGGUCUGUCUCAGUGGCUAGGAGAAUGUCUAGCCCCCCUGCAGUCCAUCCCUCCCGUUGCCAUCUCCUUCCUCCUGUGUCUACUCACCGCCACUUUCACUGAGUGCUUCAGCAACAUAGCUACAACCACACUGUUUCUGCCUAUACUGGCCUCUAUGGCCGUAGCCAUUAAGCUCCACCCGCUGUACGUCAUGCUGCCUUGCACUAUCUGUGCCUCGCUGGCCUUCAUGUUGCCGGUGGCCACACCCCCUAAUGCCAUCGUCUUCUCCAAUGGCAACCUCAAAGUCAUGGACAUGGUGAAGGCUGGAUUCAUGCUGAACAUUAUUGGUGUCAUCACCAUCAACAUCGCCCUGAACACCUGGGGAGCAGCCAUCUUCAAUCUCAACACCUUCCCUGACUGGGCCAAUGUUACCAACAUACCCACAUCCUGAUCUGGAGACACUGGCGAGGAAGGAAGGAGGGAAGGAAGCAGAGGGACGGGAAGAGGAGGAGGAGGAGGAGAGA